AUGACUACGAUUUAUUCGUUGCUGCAUGGAGUCAAAGAGUAUCUGAACCCGGUGCUGAAGAACUCAAAGUUCAAGGAGACCGGAGUGUUGACACCCGAAGAGUUUGUUGCGGCUGGGGACUACCUGGUAUUCAAGUGCCCGACCUGGAGCUGGGAAAAGGGCAAUUCAAACAAGCGUCGGGAUUACCUGCCAGAAGACAAGCAGUUCCUUAUUACGCGCAAUGUUCCUUGCCUGCGCCGUGCCGAUCAAAUGUCGUACGGACUCGAUGACGAGGUCGAGCAGGUGGGCGACGAGGGCUGGGUGACAACAUACGCACGGCAUCGCGCAAUGACGACUGAGGACGAGGAGGCAAUUGAGGAGAUUAAGGGUAUUGAGGAGGUGCCAUCGGCGAGCCAGGUAGGGCAGUUGGCCGAGGGUGUGGAGAAUGUCCGAAUUGGGGAGCAGGACCUUGACCGGCCACUGGGGCAGAACGAUAUUGAGGAUAUCCCCAGCGACCUCGACGAUAUCCCUGAUUUCGAAGAGGAGAUGGCCAAGCUCGAGGCGCUCGAGGACGCCGACCCCACCGAGCCUGAGCCUGAGCCUGAGCUUGCUGCCAAGCCCGCCAGCAAGGCGGCCGACGACUCCGAAGACAAGAUUCUGCGCACUCGCACAUACGACGUCAGCAUCUCAUACGACAAGUACUACCAGACACCGCGAGUGUGGUUGUUUGGAUACGACGAGCAAGGAAGCCCACUGACAGCACGGCAGAUCUUUGAAGACAUCAGCGAGGACCAUGCCCGCAAGACGGUAACCAUCGAGACACACCCGCACUUGUCGUUGCAGAUGGCGUCGAUUCAUCCGUGCAAGCAUGCCCACGUCAUGCGGAAGAUUAUUGAGAGGGCGCUCGAGAGCGGCAGACGCGAGAUCCGGGUAGACCAGUACCUGGUUAUCUUUUUAAAGUUCAUGAGCAGCGUGCUGCCCACCAUAGAGUACGACUAUACAAUGUCGACCGACAUUUGA